AAGAAGAAAUGGAUGGACAAGCUUCGAUAUCCAAUGGCACAGAUGAUACCAUUGUCUGCUAUGCGCCGACGAUGAUUACGACAAAUGGGGUGUGGCAAGGUGACAACCCUUUGGAUUAUUCUCUCCCCCUUUUCAUCUUGCAGUUAACAAUGGUGGUUGUGAUGACUCGCAUUUUGGUUUUCCUCUUAAAACCCUUUCGUCAACCUCGAGUCAUCUCUGAAAUUUUGGGUGGAGUGAUUUUGGGGCCUUCGGUACUAGGGAGGAGUUCUAAAUUUGCCAACACGGUAUUUCCUCUAAGAAGUGUAAUGGUGCUUGAGACAAUGGCCAAUGUGGGGCUUCUCUACUUUCUGUUCUUGGUUGGUGUUGAAAUGGAUCUCUCAGUGAUUCGUCGAACAGGGAAGAAGGCAAUGGCAAUAGCUGUAGCAGGAAUGAUUCUUCCGUUCGGAAUAGGAGCUGCCUUUUCAUUCCAAUUGCACAAAGAAAGCCAAAAAUUGAACUACAACACUUACAUUAUGUUUCUUGGUAUUGCGCUCUCUGUGACUGCUUUCCCAGUGCUAGCUAGAAUUCUUGCAGAGCUUAAACUUAUAAAUUCAGAGCUGGGAAGGAUGGCUAUGGCAUCUGCACUUUUCAACGAUAUGUGUGCUUGGGUUCUCUUAGCUUUAGCCAUAGCCUUAUCGGAGAAUGAUUCCUCAUCUUUUGCUUCAUUAUGGGUUGUACUGUCAAGUGCAGCCUUCGUUUUGUUUUGCAUUUUCAUCGUUAGACCAAUGAUUUCAUGGAUGAUUCGAAAAACUCCAGAAGGGGAAAGUGUGAGUGAGUUCUACAUAUGUUUGAUUCUGACAGGAGUUAUGAUCUCAGGAUUUGUUACAGAUGCCAUAGGAACACACUCCGUUUUUGGGGCUUUUGUGUUUGGUUUAGUUAUCCCAAAUGGUUCACUUGGGGUGGCUUUAAUUGAGAAACUUGAGGAUUUUGUUUCAGGCCUCUUGCUUCCUCUUUUCUUCGCAAUAAGUGGGCUUAAGACUAAUAUUUCAAGCAUAGAAGGAAUAUUCGCUUGGAUAUCUAUUCUAUGUAUCACUCUCCUUGCUUUCCUUGGCAAAGUCAUAGGAACUCUUCUUGCCUCCAUUUGUUAUCAAAUGUCCUAUCGUGAAGGCGUCACGUUAGGUUUGCUUAUGAACACCAAAGGCCUUAUUGAAAUGAUCAUCCUCAAUGUCGGAAAGGAUCAGAAGGUGUUAGAUGAUCAAACAUUCACAGUCAUGGUGAUUGUAGCUCUCAUUAUGACAGGGAUAAUAACACCAGUAGUUACCAUAAUCUAUAGGCCAACAAGAAGGUUUCUACCCUAUAAGAAACGAACAAUCCAAGCAUCAAAACCAGAUUCAGAAUUUAGAGUAUUAGUUUGUAUACACACACCUCGAAAUGUGCCAACUAUCAUCAACCUCCUUGAUGCUUCCCAUCCAACUAAAAGAUCCCCAAUUUGCAUUUACGUGCUACACUUGGUUGAACUCACAGGUCGAGCCUCCGCCAUGCUCAUUGUCCACAACACCAGAAAAUCAGGCCGCCCUGCAUUAAAUCGAACACAAGCUCAAUCAGAUCACAUCAUUAAUGCAUUCGAGAACUAUGAACAACACGUCGAUUGCGUCUCUGUUCAACCUCUCACCGCCAUUUCCCCUUACUCCACAAUGCACGAAGACAUCUGCAAUUUAGCUGAAGAUAAACGAGUUGCGUUCAUAAUCAUCCCAUUCCAUAAACAACAAACAGUGGAUGGAGGAAUGGAAGCCUCAAAUCCAGCAUUUAGAUUGGUAAACCAAAAUGUAUUAGCUAAUGCCCCUUGCUCCGUCGGAAUCCUAGUCGAUCGAGGCUUAAACGGCGCGAAUCGAGCCACAUCAAACAAAGGAACUCAUUAUAACAUAAUCGUGUUGUUCUUUGGUGGGCAAGAUGAUAGAGAAGCCCUAUCAUAUGCAUGGAGAAUGUCAGAACAUCCAGGAGUGAAUUUAACCGUAAUGAGAUUCAUCGCCGCACAAGAAAUAAUGGAACCAAAACUAGAAGAAAACACAUCAAGAAUUUCAACAAUGGAAACAGAAAUGAACAGAGAUAGGAAACUGGACGAAGAUCAUAUAAGCGAAUUUAGGGCAAGGAACCCAAACAGUGAGUCAAUUACUUACACAGAAAAAGUGUUGAACAACGGCGAAGAGACAGUGGCGGCCAUAAGAUCAAUGAACGAUGCUCACGACCUGUUCAUCGUUGGUAGAGGUGAAUCUCACAUAUCACCCCUCACUGCCGGACUAACGGACUGGAGUGAAUGUCCAGAGCUGGGAGCAAUAGGCGAUUUGCUAGCCUCAUCGGAUUUUGCGGCAACAACUUCAGUUUUGGUAGUGCAACAGUUCGGAACAACAAUGGCGGGUGAGCAUGGAGAAGAAGAAGAAGUUACACCACGUAAUCUUGAUCCAAAUGAUCCUUACCAAAGCUUGAGAUCCACGAAUUUGAGGCAACAUACUCCAUCGAGAACUCAAAUAAUUUAUGAUACAUGAUCAUUGUAUUACAGAAAUUAGAUUAAUUU